AUGGAGAAAGAAGACAGUUGUGCACAUCGCCUUGAACAACAAGAAUGGUAUUGGGCGAAUGCUUCCAGAGAGGAAGUUGCCUUGGCCAUCAGCGCUUGUCCUGAUGGUACUUUUUGUGUACGUGACGCUUCGACUGAAGGCAACUAUACUCUUACACUAAGAUAUGGCGAGAAAAAUCGGUUAAUCAGAAUUGUAGUUUCUGAUGGACAUUGUGGAUUUACGGAAGAUAUGCUGGAAUUUGAUUCAGUUGUCUCUUUAAUUGAUUACUAUCGAAGGAAUUCGUUAUCGGAAUAUAAUCGAAAGCUCUCUAUUGAGCUUCUGUACCCACUUCGCAAGCCAGUUUUCGAGCAAACUUCUUGGCUCAUUGAUGGCAUACACAGUACGGAACAUUUACUUUGCCAGUUGCGGGGUCUGCACGCUGCAUAUUUGCGUAUUAUGCGACGUGAUGAUGAAAUUUCCGCUGAGCUUGAUUCGUUAAGAGCAGACUUGCAAAGGCAGCGACAAGCGCGAGCUGCAUUUACCGCUUGCUAUACACUUUUUUCGAAUCAGUUGGAUAUAUUAGAAAAGAAAGUUUCCAUUAUUUCCUUAGCUGAAGAUUUCAAUUCAUUUUUUAUUAUCUUUUCUCGAUAUUUAAGUCCAAAUUAUUUAAGAGCGGAAAAUAUUCGUUGUCGACAGCAAAAAAUGAGUGAAAAAAUUGAGGAGAUCGAGAAAAAUAUUAGUGAAAAAGAAGUAAUACGUUAUUCUUUAACGCCCAAGCUUUCAAAAUUACAUAGAGAACUAGACAGUUGCCAGUUUCGUCUUUGUCAGCUUAAUGUAUCACAAAUCGCAAUGGAUAAGAUAAUGCAAGAAGUAUCCUUUUUGUCUGAUUUAGAACAGGAGCCAUUAGCAAACAUAUUGCUUGAAUUAAAACUACGAUGGCAACCCGACAGAUAUCUCUCUCUUGAUUGUACAAAGAAUAAAGCUUUCAAAGUUAUUCGCUCGCUAAUGGAUUGUAAUCCAAACAAUUCCAAUGGAAUAUUCUUAAUUCGUCCCAGCCAGUCACAAGCAGGUCAUUAUGCAUUGACUAUAUCAAAUGGAAAUCAUAUAUACAAUUGUUUGAUUGAGUACAGAGAUUUAAAGCAUCCGGAGUCGUCUGGAUUCGCAUUUCUCAAUACAAAGUUAUUUUUUUCUUCGUUAGUUGAUUUCGUUCGGUAUUACAGCCACUUUUCGAUGAAAGAUCAUAAUGUUCAGUUGGAUACGAAACUUAAAAUACCAGCUUUUAAAGGCACUCUUUAA